UGUCAUUUGUCAACAAGUCGGACAUUUUUCUGUGCUCAAAGUUCGUUGGAGUAUUUUAUUUUUAAUUUUUAUCAGCUAGACUUACUACUUGGUAGCAUUCACAUUUCACACUGUCGGACUGUCAGCUGUUGUCUUAGGCGUAUUUGCCGUAUUUCAUUCGGUUGCCAACCAUUAGUGCAAUAGACAUUAACACUAAAACUAAAGAUUAUUUAAACUAAACAAGAAGUAUUGGACAAUGUUAAUUUUUAUUUUUUUCUCGAAAAUUAUGUUCAGAUUGAUUUCAUCUAUAAAAUUAUGUUAGAGAUUUUAGCACAAGAUAAAGCGUGAUUCGAUAAAUCUAGUUAUGUUAAUGCACAGCGUGUAUACUAUGAGAAACAAACAAAGGUUAUGAAGUAUAAAACUUUAAAAAACUAAAAAUUCUCAAAUCAAAUCAUUGAAUAUGACUAAUUGUGAAGAUUGUUUUAUGUGUAGCAUAAUUGCUCAAAUAGAUAUACAUAAUGAUAUUAGUAAAUUAUUGGAAAAAGUUGAACAGUGGGAUAAGAUAGACUCAAAAAAUAAUUUAAAUCAGUAUAAACAAAUAAAUAAGUUUGAGUGUCUUGUAUGCUUUUUUAAAACAUCUAUAUUUAAUGAUUGGAAAUGUCAUAUUAUGUCAUUAUCUCAUAUGGCAAAUUGUCACAAAAUUGAAGAUUUGUAUUCAUACGUUUGUGAUAAAAAAACAUGUAAACUAUUAUUGUAUGGACCUAAAAAUACUUUAAUUAAACAUAAUUUGGACAAACAUUCAUUUAAUGAUAGUGUUUUUAACAUGUCAAUUCUUAUGGCUCAAGUAAUGAAACAAUAUCUUGCGUUCAAUCUAGAACCUUUAUAUUUUUGUUCUCAUUGUAAAACAUUUAAAAAAACGCCAAUUCAUACUGAUAUUAAAUUAUCGAGUAAAGCAAUAAGAUUUCCCAUUGAAUAUUAUUGCAGGUUUUGUAGGAUUCAUUUUUUAUCUAGCCAUGAAAUGAUUGAUUAUCAUUUUUUAAGUGUAGAACAUAUGACAAUCAAGUGCUUUGAAGAAUUAUGCUCAGAAACUAAGAUACACUUAAAACAAAAUACAUCAGAAGAAUCAAAAGUUUUAAAGAAUAGUCAUAAAAAAAAAAAAAAAAAAAAUGCAGCAAUAAAAAAUGUUAAUAUAUCUAACAUACAAACCACAAAACUAAAUACAUUACAGAUUGAUCCAGUAUCUCAAAUAUACGAUGAUAUCAAAAGUGAUGAAUACACACAAAAUGUACAAUUAAAUAAAAGUCUAACAGAUCCUGGUAUUGAUAAAACGGCAAGCUUGGAUAAUGUACAAACAGUUAAGAAGUCUCUUGUAAACAAUGAUUUCCUUGAAAAAUUGAAUGAUGAUGUACAAAAGAGCUGUAACAAGUCUUAUGAAAACAUACAUUUAUCAAAUCACAGUAAAAUCCGACAACAAUACACAAAUUAUUUUGAACAUAAAAUUAAUUUAUUGAAAAAAUUAAAACAACACGAAGAUCUUAUCAUGAGAACUUUGUCAUACUAUUGUGAUGUAUGUGAUUUUAUAGCUGUAGAAAAAUAUUUAUGGGAUAAACACAACCAAUUAAAACAUUCUAUAGAUAGCAAUAGAUCUAUAACUUACUGUUCUACAUGCUCUAUGUUUGUUGGCGGAAACUACCAAGAACACAACCUUACAAUUGAACACAGUAUAUUUUUGAACUUCUUACAAGUAUUAAAACCAGUAGAAGUAUUAAAGGAUAACACUUCAUUAAUAAAAUUGGUUGAAAGUGGUUCAUCAGAUGUAAAUUCUAUAAACCUAGAACAAAAAGAAAAAAUUGAGUUGAACAGUUCUAAUUGCUUCAAAGAAUUUAAAUAUUCUAAAGAUAAUAAUAGCAAAAACUAUAAUUUUUCUUUAAUGAAAGAACCAAGUAUAAAUAAGGAUGAUCCAAUGAUUAUGGAAAAUGGUUUAUUGUUAUUUGAUAAAUCUGAGAGUAAAUAUGAACUCGAACAGGAUGAAAAAAAUACCUCAAAUGCUAAAAAACUGAUGACUCAUAGUGAAAUCACAACAUCUAAUAAUUUGCUUAACACAUUAAUGACUAAUCCAUAUCAAUCAAAUGUACUUGUGAAUAAGAUGCCUGAAAACAUUAAUAUUGUUAAUGCAUUGACUGAUGAUUUGAGUUUUGAAAACAAAAAAAUUGGAAGACUUGAUGAAGACCAGUUAUAUGGAGAAUAUGUAAUACAAAGACUUAAAAACAUCAAAGAUACAACUAUAAAACAGUGUAUCAAGCUUGAGAUAGAUUAUAUAUUUUAUACCAAGAUGAAACAGUAACACUAUCACAUGAGAAUAUAAAAUGCUGUGCCCAUUCGAUGUAAUAAGUUUUUUAAUUUCCAUUAAUAACUAAAAUGAAUUAAUUUAAUUAAUCAUUCAACUUAAAAAUAUUAUA